AUGCUGCUCCAACUUCCCACAGAGUUGGUACAACUGGUUCUUCGGAGCUGCAACACACCAGCCUACUUCCAGGCAGCCUUUUCAAGCCACAGGCUUUAUGAGAUUGCUUCCAGCAGCCGAGAAGUCAUCAUUCAUCAGCUGCAUAAUACUCCUGGCUGGAACGAUGGGAUUGAAGCUUAUCAGACUAGGCAUCUGUUUGGUGAGUUAAUGAGACGCUCGUAUGAACAAUUAGAUGGGGCAGAGCAUUACGCCAACCCCACCUAUGAGUAUCAAAAUCGAGUGAUUGACUACCAUGCAUCGACAAUCGAGGCAUCAGAAGACAGCAUUCGAGUACUACUUGUCUUCAAAGGACAUAGCACCGUCCAUCUGAUUGACAUGACCGAUGGGGAUCGGACCGAAGUCAAAUUGAAAUCACCAGGACAGGAUCUUGGGGAGGUCGAAAUCAUCCAGACUGCCUUUGGUGAAAACGGUGGAGUCUACGUCCUUCACCGAUUCAAACCAUUCUUAGACCAAGAGCUGGAUACAGACCACCCAUUUGUUAAACAUGCCCUCAAGUCUUGCCCCAACGGGAGUAUUCACCUGGCCUACCAUCGCUUGAAUUCCCGGGCAAACACCAUUCGAUUGUAUGACUUUCCCGAAUGCCGAGAUUAUAAGCCACUGGCUUUGUCCGUCUCCAACGACAAAUUUGCAAUAUCAUGGCAAAACACGCUCGACCCCUUUGAUCAUGACGUGGUUCUUUAUACCGAGCUCUACGACGAUGACGAUGACGAUGGCGACGAAGAUGAAGACGAUUCUAGCGAAGGCAUCACAGAAGGAAAUGCUGGUUUUGAGGCUUACGUUCUGACAAGCUCCAACGAUCAAGACCCACAUUUUUCGCCUUCCCUCUCGCUUCAAUUCUCAAUUGGAAUACCAUUCUUCGGUACUCAUGAGCUCGGCGAUAUAAACCGGGGAGAACACUGUCAUUGGCAGUACCUCGCCUUCGGCAUUGCCACCCACCGUGUUGAAAAAUGGACUGUGGCAUGUCUACUCAAGUCUGAAUCAUACACUGGUCCGCGGUGUACCCAUGUUUUGAAUCUCGACCGCGGAAGGCGCUUUGAAAACUGGCAGAUUGUGGCGCAGCUUGGGGGAUUCCGGGAAGUAACAACUUCGCAUGGAUCUCCGGUAGCAACUUCGCGUCGCGGAACUCGUGUUGCUGUCGCUAACUGGAAAACCCUCUAUGUCUGGGCAUUGAAUCCGUCGGAAUUGAUUGAAGAGAACAGCACCGGGUUUUACCCAUCAUCGUGGGAAUCGUCUACAGGUGCCAUCGACUUGCGACCAGUUGUCCUUCAGUUAGAGGCCGUUUGCUCUCAAUUGCGGUUCACUGGAAAUGAGGACGAGCUGGUUGCGAUUACUGAUCGCGGAGUGAUGUUCCUGAAUAUCGGUUAUAGUGGAAAAGGCAAGCGGCCCGUCAAAUGCUAG